CAAACCUUUAACCCCUGAAAUAUUUACAGCGCCACAAACCCCGCGGUGCUGCGCGCUCCGAGCCGGCUCAGGGGCACCGCGCCCGGCUCGGGCUGGGUCCGCACACGCUGCGAGCGCUCGGGGCGCGGCGGGACCGCCGGGCCGGGUCGGAGCGAACCGAACCCCCGCCGUCGCUCCAUCUCCCGUCCCUCCCUCUCUCCCCGCCUCCGUCCGUCCGUCCCCGCCUCCCUCCGUGCUCGCGGAGCCCGUCUCGCCGUGUCCCUCGGCGGCAGCCGUCGCGGGCGGGUCCGUUGCGAUGUCGCUGUGGCCGCGGUGGGGCCGCGGCCCGGAGCGCUGGGCGGCCGAGCGGCGGGAGCUGGAGGCGCGGCGCCGGCAGCAGUGGGAGAGCACCAGCCGCGCCUUCGCCCGCGCCGCCGCCUGCUGCGCCCUGCAGGCGCGGUGGAGCGAGCCCCGCGUCCCCCCGCCCAGGUACGGCCGCGGUCCGGCGGGGUCCCGGGGCCGUGCCGGGGUCCCCCUGACUGCCGGUGUGUGCGGCAGCGCGGCGGCGGCGCGGCGGGACGCGGAGGAGGCGGCGGCGCGGCUGCAGCGGCGGCGGGAGCGGCUGGAGCGGCUGCUGGGCGAGGAGCGGGAGGCGCUGGCGGCGGAGCUGCGGGAGCGCCGGCGGGGCGGGAUGCGGAGCCAGGAGCCGCGGGACGGCCCCGCAGAGUCCGGGAGGAAGUUUGCUGAGUCGCUGCUGCACGAGCACCGGAACAAAAACAACGCGGAGCCCCGAGAGGCAGAGUUGGAGCUGCACGGGAAGCACGUGAGAGAGGCUUGGGGUGAUCAGCUAAGGCAACAAAACAAGGAAGAGGUGACCAAACUCGAAGAAAAUAAACGUUAUGAAAAUGAGUGCGAAACGGCAGGAGGGGAAGCACUGGAAAGAACGAGACAAGAGGAAGAGAAGUGUCAGCUGGAGAAGCAGCAAGCAGAGACAUUGCUUCAGCAGAUAGAAGAACUGAAAUUGCAGGAGACAAAGGCAACAAAGCUGAAAAAGGAACAGGAGGAUCUAUUAAAGCAGCAGUGGGAGCUGGAGAAUUUGGAAGAAGAAAGGAAACAAAUGGAAGAACACCGGAGGAAGAAAGAGCUUGGUCGCUUUUUGAAGCAUCAGUGUGACGUCCAGUUAAGGAGACGAGCGCAGCAGAUUCGGGAGGAGCUGGAGACAGACAGGCAAAUCUUAUCAGCCCUCCUGGAGAAAGAAGACGAGGAUCAGCGGCGGCAGAUUGCGCGGCGGGAGCGGGCGGUGGCAGACGUGGCCUGGAUGAAGAGGGUCAUCGAGGAACAGCUCCAGCUGGAAAAGGAGAGGGAAGCAGAGCUCGAGACGAUCUUCAGGGAAGAAGCAAAAAAAAUAUGGGAGAAGAGGGAAGAAGAAUGGGAAAGAGAGAAGGUGGCCAGAGAUCGCCUGAUGAGUGAGGUCCUUGCAGGCAGACAGCGCCAGCUCCAAGAGAAGAUGGAGUUAAACAGACGGGCCCAAGAAGAGUCCAUUAAGUAUCGAGAGCAGCUGAUCAAAGAGCUCGAGGAGGCAAAGGAAGGGACUCCUCGGGACAAGGAGCAGGAGGAGGAACAGCAGAGAGCCCGCAGGAGGGAGCUGCAGGCACAGGGGACAGAGCACGGCUUGAGAGAGGAGCAGGAACAGCAGGAGGGAUGGGCCCGGCAGCAUCUCCAGGAGCUGGAGCGGCAGGAGGGCGAGCAGGGCUGGCACAGCAGUGUAAGGCCACACCCAGGUCACCCUGGCACAGCAGGUUCUACAGUUACCCAAGAGCAGCUUGGACCUGAGGAAUGAGCACGAGAUGCAGCUCCAGACUACAGGAAGAAAACUGAGGACUCAAGGAACUCCUGAAAUAAUGGUGCCUCUGGACCAGCCUACAGUAGGAUCAAGACUUGACUCAGUAGAUUUCUGAAAACAUUUAGUUGUGGCCAAGCUGAAGAGGAAAAAAGUUCUACUGCCUUCAGGGAUGAGGAGGUUUGAGCACCUUCAGAGAAGUGAACUGCACCACUCUGCAUUCUGGAGUUGUGUUCAUGUAUUUUAGUACGUGAGAGGCUGAAGCAACCCAGCAAAUAAAAGGGUCCUGUGGACCUGAGCCACAAAAGAAUUUGUGUCUCCCCAGGAAGAGGAGCUGUGAAAUCCCACUGGCUGUGUCAGACUCCCACCUUGGAGAAUCAGGCUGUGCCUGGGUUCCCACUGGACUUUGAGGAGUUAAUUCAUAAUGCACAUUGCAAAUCAGUCAGAUCACAUGUGCAGCAGUGCUUGUCCAGUUCCACUCCAGAAGGUGUUGGAGACUUCAUUACAUGUUGUUUUUCAGUUGUUUCAUAAAUAAUGAAUAAUUGAAACCUGAACAAGGAUUUGUUUUUUUUUUUUCUGUGAGCAAACUAUUGCAGCAAAAGGAGAUUGAGUUGAUUAUUGCAGUUCAUUCCUUGCUGUUACCAUCCACUAGUGCAGCUUAACAUCAGCACAAGGAGCUGGUACAGAGUUCUGACAAAGACUGGCACUUCACUCAAGAGCAGAAACCUUUCCAAAGAGCUUUAGAGAACCAGCAGUCAAAUAAGCCCACAUUAUUUCACACACUGAAAGGGUUUUAACAUUUUAUAGUAAUACUGUAAACAAAAGAUUAAAAGUCAAAAUAUUGUACAGACAGAAUGACACUGAUAAAUACAAGGUUUGGAAAAAGGCAAAAAAAAGCUUUUCCUUUCCUCUGCAGCAUUUUGUAAAGGAAGAGCAAGUUUGUUUACAGGGGAACAAGAGGAGGUCUAGUCCUAAAAGAAAAACACACCUUUGUUACUCGAGGUGCUACAAACUCUGUGACUGCAGUGCUGUGAGUGGAGGGUUCAUGAACUUGCUGCUGGGGGUUCCUUUGGGGUGUGGGCCACUCUGAUUUCAGUGUAGCUGGAGCAGGGGCUGGCAGUUGCUAAAGUGGUCUUGAUUUUGGAUCAAAGGCAGGUUUAAAUCAGUGAUAAAUAACACCAUAGCUCAGUGUCACCCUGCUUUGGAAAGCAGGUAAGAUAUGUUGAAGAACAGCACACAGCGGUGUCCUGAGAGACUGAAAAAUACCAUCUGCUGCCUUUCAGCCAUGCCAAUUUAAGGAAAAGUUCCUAGAAGAUUCUCAGUGCAUUUAAUUAAUUGCCAGUUGCAUGAUUUUGAAGUAGGUUUCACAAAGGUCAUUUGCAGUUUUAAUCCCAGCCUGCCUGCGUUGUCAGGCUAGAGCUGCUUCUGGGGUUCAGAAGGGCAGAAAGGAAAUAAAACUCCACAAUGAAGAACAUUAAUUUACUGGGCUGUCAUCUCCUCUCUCCAUUCCUUCCCUCCCUCAGACUCUGGGAGCCAGACAGCACCAGGAAUCCUCCAGUGCUAUGGCACUUGGAUAUAUCCACACAAACACACCAUGGCUGGUUCCUGGGCAGUGACAACACAAUUCCAAAUGGGACACAGGCAGAGGCAAAAAUCAGUGAUUUCCUGCACCACCUGAAAUUCAGACUCUCAAAAAUAUUCUCAUUUUUAAAAUUAUGGACUGACACAGUUUUGUGAACCGUUAUG